AUGCCCAAUGAAGCCCAGGCCAUGGACCUGGCAACCCAGUUUCUGAAAAUCCAAAGACUGCCCUACUCGUGGUGGUCCUUGCCUCUUGAAACCGAGCCCACCCGAGAAGAAGUCACCACCAUGCUGCGUCCAUACAGAUCCGACAACCUCCGCAAGCUAGCCAACCUCAUUUGGAGCAACAGACACGGUUUCCCGAUUCUUCUUCGCACCUGGUACAACGGCGAAAACAACGGCGGUGACGAUGUUUGCAUGCGCAACUGGAUGAACGCGGGCUUGCAUAUCGAUGCCUUCUCGCCGUGGGCUGUCAUCAACGAUUCGGCGUGCUUUGGCCUUAUUCAAAGCCACCCCGACCACCCUGAGGAUUGGCGCAGAGUCCUCGCUCUCCUUCCCGAGGUUGCUGGCCCCGAUCAAUGCCUCGUCAUGAAAGGUGAUUUCAUGCGCUUCAACUACAUUCAGCCUUGGCACAUGGAUCGCAUUCGCAAGUUCAAGGAACAGCUGGCCUUCGAGAAGAGCUGUAGACCUCAUGAAUGGGAUUUGGACAGGGUCAAUUUCAUUGAGACUUGUGCUGCCGGUGUUCAGCGUGCCAUGGCUGCUAUGCCCAUCAUUCUGUGCGACAAAGAGGCUUUCCGCACUGGGAACCCCUUACUGAUGUACAUUGACUAUUACCAGCAGGUCAUUCGGCAGACUCGCAUUACGUUAACUGAGGAUUUGCUCAAUGAGGUUAUCAUCGACUGGGCUAUGGAACUUGUUACCCCGUGGAUCUGGGAGAAUAGUCAGCUUGGGGAGCAUUACAAGCUCAAUGGGCGGAUGGGUCAGAUUCUGUACCAGUUGGACGAGAAGGAUCUGGGUCCUCCUGAGAGACAGGGCGCCGCUCAGUAG